AUGGCGAGUCUAAUGACAAAUUUGUUUUUUCUGUACGGGAUUUAUGUUCUUCUUAUUAUCGGUCAGACCGCAUUGAGCUCACAGAAAUAUCGGCACUGUUACGCGCGGCAUCACAAACGAUCUGCCAACCCGACAUUCAGGUACCGGCCACACGUGUUGGAGUGCGCAUCGCCGUCCUCCACCGUGGCCGCCUCCAACGACGACGGCUGCGAAGAAUCGCGACGGCAGUCAACCGAACAACCACCGGUGCAGCGGCGGUUACCGGCAUCGAAUAAGCCACCGACCACGACGCCACCUCUAACACUGCCAUCAUCGACGCCACCUCUAACGCUACCAUCAUCGACGCCACCUCUAACGCUGCCAUCAACGACGCCACCCCUGCCACCUACUUCACCACCACCUCAACCGCCGGCGCGCUCAAACGGCUGGCCGCCAGGCCACGGGCUACACAAACACCUGUUGCUGGUCACCGGGCAGGUGUACCAGGAGUUCAUAAGCGAGUGUUCUGUAGCGGAACAGGCGCGUGACCUCCACGAACUCGGCUCGAAGCUCGAGCGACGGUCCGAGCUGUUCGGCGUCGGUGACUUCGUGCUAAUCCAGGUGGGCACGGGCUGGCGGCUCAACGUCCAGCUGCUCGACGUGCUGGUCGACAGGCUGGGCAAUGUGUCCAUGUACGCGGACAAGAAGUACUACAGCAAAACGAUGACCAAACACUGCCGAAACAUCGGCGACCGGUGCACGCAGCUCGCCAACCUGGUGCCCGUCAUCGAACAGCUGGAGUUGCGCCAAGAAUUCCUCAUCGGUGGUGGCGGUGGUGGCGGCAUGUACGACCCUGACUGGAUUCCGGUGCCCGCUGUGCCGCCCCUGCCCCGCAACUUCACAGGCGACACCGAGAAGCAAAUCGAAUACCUGACGUGGCGGCUGUGCGUCCGGGACAGGCGACAAAAUUUCUACUACAAACUCGACCAGGACUCGCUGCGGUCCCCCUUGAGUGAUCAAAGCGACAUCGCUGAGAGUGACAAUGUCGUCUUCGAAACCAGUUUGUCACUCACCGACAUACUACCGAUCAAUCCAAAAAACUACGACAAAAACCGUGCGCCAAAAGUACAAGGACAACCGACUAUUGUUUACUUCCACGUCACAGUACUGUCUUUGGAUUCCAUUAACGAAGAAUCCAUGACGUACGUGGCGGACAUAUUCUUGGCGCAAAGCUGGCGGGACCAGAGACUCCGGCUCCCGGAAAACAUGAGCGAAGACUAUCGCAUACUGGAUGUCGAAUGGUUGCACGACAUAUGGCGACCCGAUUGUUUCUUCAAAAACGCGAAAAAAGUCACGUUUCACGAGAUGAGCAUACCGAACCAUUACUUGUGGCUGUACCACGACAAGACGCUGCUGUACAUGUCAAAAUUGACGUUGGUAUUAUCGUGUGCGAUGAAAUUUGAAUCGUAUCCUCAUGACACACAGAUAUGUUCGAUGAUGAUCGAAAGCCUGUCUCACACAACUCACGAUUUGGUUUUUAUAUGGAAUAUGACAGAUCCAUUAGUGGUAAAUCCAGAUAUCGAAUUACCUCAACUCGAUAUAUCAAACAAUAUAACUACCGAUUGCACAAUAGAAUACUCAACAGGGAAUUUCACAUGUUUGGCCGUGAUGUUCAAUUUACGAAGACGCUUAGGGUAUCAUUUAUUCCACACGUACAUUCCAUCGGCGCUCAUCGUUGUCAUGUCGUGGAUUUCGUUUUGGAUAAAACCCGAGGCCAUACCAGCUAGAGUUACGUUGGGCGUGACUUCGCUAUUGACGCUCGCCACUCAAAACACUCAGUCACAACAGUCCCUGCCACCUGUAUCCUAUGUGAAAGCUAUCGACAUAUGGAUGUCUUCGUGUUCAAUUUUCGUUUUUCUAUCCUUAAUGGAAUUCGCCGUCGUCAAUAACUACAUGGGACCGGUGGCGACCAAAGUGAUGAAAGGAUACUCAGAAGAAGACAUCCGAGGAGGCGACGAUUUCAAGGAACUGGACCCGAAAAACCGAAGUCCGAUCAGAAGUGUGGCCACCGUGGCCGCGGCACCGCAGUACCCGACUUUCUGCAAUGGCCGCGCAAUCGCACUUUACAUCGACAAGUUCUCACGGUUCUUUUUCCCGUUUUCGUUUUUUAUCCUCAACGUCGCCUAUUGGACAUCGUUUUUGUAA